UUUUCAGAAAAAUAUUUUGACUAAACGCCAGCAACAUGGAAGUAUGGGUGUUCCUUUUCUUUACGCUUGCUUUCGCCAUGUUCGGAUGCUUGGCCGCGCCUCCAAAUUCCAUGAUUGAUGCAUCACCAAGCUCGGAGGUGCUGCAUGAUAGUAGCGAAAACAUUCGUCAGAAGAGGCAUCAUCAUUUUGGUCAUGGAUUCGGCGAUCAUUAUGGGUACGGAUAUGGAUAUGGACAGUUUCCAUAUGGAUAUGGACAAUUUCCGGAGGGAUAUGGACAAUUUCCAUAUGGAUAUGAACAAUGGCCCGGUCCUUUUCAUCAUUGGCCCGGAUGGGAAAUCUUUCGAGCGGAGACUGUACACAGCAUCAUGUUGAAAGCAAGAGUGCCGAAUUCUAAGAAUCUGUACUCAUCAUGCGUCGAAUUGCGGCCUGUUCUACGGAAUUCUUGUGUUCGUGUAGCUGAUUCUGAGAAAUAA